UCGAGGCAGAGGGCGUGGCCGCGAGCGGUGACGUCCAGUGUUUAUGUCAAACCGAGCAGCAAACAGUCUUUACGGUAACCUGUCAGACCUUCAAACCGUGGACCAAAAACGUGUGCUGUAGUGUCACCCCUGCCCGGGUGCCAUGUUCCUCAGUUACACAUGAGCUCUACUAUGUGGUACAUCAUGCAAAGCAUUCAAAGUAAAUACUCCUUGUCUGAGCGGCUCAUCCGCACCAUCGCAGCCAUCCGCUCGUUCCCACACGACAAUGUGGAGGAUCUCAUUCGUAAGGGAGCUGAUGUGAACAGAAUGCAUGGCACACUCAAGCCUCUGCACUGUGCGUGUAUGGUCGCUGAUGCCGACUGUGUGGAGCUGCUGUUGGAGAAGGGGGCAGAGGUGAAUGCUUUGGAUGGAUAUAACCGCACUGCAUUGCACUAUGCAGCAGAGAAGGAUGAGAGCUGCGUGGAGCUGCUGUUGGAGUAUGGAGCCCAGCCAAACGCCCUGGACGGCAACAAGGACACGCCACUUCACUGGGCUGCCUUUAAGGAUAACCCAGAGUGCGUGAGGGCCUUGUUGGAGAGCGGGGCCUGUCCCAACGCCCGGGACUACAACAAUGACACGCCUUUGAGCUGGGCAGCAAUGAAGGGCAACCUGGAGAGUGUCAAAGUGCUAUUAGACUACGGAGCCCAGGUCCAUGUGACCAACCUCAAGGGCCAGACCCCUAUCUCCCGAUUGGUGGCCCUGUUGGCCCGGGGCCUGGGCACUGAACAGGAGGAGGAGUGCCUAGAGCUGCUGUGCCGGGCAGCAGGGCGUUUUGAGAUCCGCCGGGCUGACGGCACCCUUCCCAGGGAGCUGAGCAAGGAUCCCCAGCUGCUGGCAAGGCUGACCAACAUGGUGGCUCAGGCUCCCACACUUCGCUCUCUGGCACGCUGUGCGGUCCGACAGAGUCUUGGAGUCCAGUUCCUCCCCACUGCUGUAAAAGAGCUUCCUUUACCAGAGACUAUCAAAGACUAUCUACUGCUGAGAGACUGAGGCAGUGAAACAAUGGGGGGGCUCCCAGACCUCACUGGCUGAUUAUUAGACACCUCACCACACAGCAUUUACUGGCAAGGAAUUGUCUGCAUUGCAUUCUAGGAUAUUAUUUGACAGUGACCCUCAUUUAUCAUACCUUCUUGCAUAUGAACACAGAUUCAUGCACUGGGAGAGAUGUAUAAACUUCUCCAAGUCUUUUUUAAAUUAUUAUCUAGUGGUUGCACAACAUCUAAUUGAGGAGUGCAGAUUCAGACAUUUGAUCAGUUACAGUUGUAGGAAAAGACUGCACCAGUCCAUGUUUAUAUUGAUUCAUAACUGGCCUUUUCUUAGCCCACCCUGCAUGCAGUACAGAAAUAAACUAUAACAUCAGAAUUGUUGGUCUGUUGACCUACAUGAAGCUACUUGUGUCUGAUCAUCCAGCUGUCCACAAAGAGCCACUGCAUCUUUGAAAUUUUAAGUAGGAUUAUUGUUGUUUUUUUGUAUGCAAAAGUCACAAGAAGCAUUGAAUAUUAUAUAAAACUUUAAAUAUAAUAAAAAAUGCUAUUAUAGUUUGUCACAGAGCGUGAGGAAAAUCUUAAAAAUUGAGUUUGGUGGUAAAAUUAGUAUAUUCUCAUUGUGAGUUUAGAUUUAAAGAUGUGAAUGAGGGCUAAUGUCUUACGAUGCAGACUUUCCAGUAAUUCUAUCAGAGGAUUCACUUCCUGAAGUAGUGCUCAGGAACGAAUGUUAUGCAGUUUGUAUGACAGUUGGAGUGGCCAUCUCACCCUUGAUUACGUUCCAGUGAACUCACAAUGUAAUUGCAAAAUUUUUGCAAUAACAAGGGAAAACUAAAAUAAAAAUAAAAAACAGAACACAGCAGAAUUGUAUUGUAUUUGUUAUGUAGAAGUAACAAAAGGUUGCAGAAUAUUAUCAAUGGUUUCACAAACAUGUGCCAGGCCCACAUUAAUCUUGCAUCCAUCGAGUCCUCUGAAAAUGUUCAACGAUGGUAAGUGGUGUCAACAAGUCUGCUUUCAUAUGAUUUACUAUUUAUUUAGGUUUUAUUUUAAUGAAAGUUGCCUAGGAGGAAUAAUAUGUUUUUGGGUUUUUUUUUACAAUGGAUGUUUUCAGUCUUAACAAAAGUUUAGGUUUCCAAGGUACUCCCUGGUCCAAAAUAUUGCAGCAUAUGUUUAAAAAAUGACUUUAUUUUUAAUCAAAUGUUUAAAUGUUAGAAACAUGAAAUGGCAUGCGUACUAAGUUUUUGUUCUCGAAAGAUUCACUUAAUAAGCUUGCAAAAUGUAUUUACGUUUGUUAUGGCAUCUGUCUAAAAUCUGACCAUUUCUGUGCUUGAUUUUGUUUGCUUGUUCUGCUGCCUGUAUGAAAUGAACUCCUUAGAUCAUGUGUUGUGUACAUCUGCAAAAGUGCUUUUUGCUUUGUCAAGGAAAUGAAAGUAAAUGCCUUUAUAUUCUAUAA